AUGGAGGUUUUCACCAGCAUCUUGCUGGCUGGUAUCAUAGGCCUCCUCGUUGUCACCGUUUCCAGCGCCGGUAGGAACAAGCCCGCUCCGCUUCCUCCGGGCCCUCCUGGGCUCCCCUUUCUCGGCAACCUACACCAGCUCACGAAGGCCAAAGGUGGUCGUCAGCGUCAGUUCUACAAAGACCUUCAUGCCAAGUAUGGCCCCAUCGUCGCUUUGAGAGCUGGGCCUUUCCGUACGAUCAUCUCUAUUGCCGACGGCAAGAUAGCAGAUGAGUUGAUGAAUAAGCGUGGGGCUGUAUAUGGUGGAAGGCCGCACCUCCAUAUCAUGGAUAUCGUUGGAAAGCACAGGUUUGCCAUGAUGACCUACAACGCUGAAUGGCGGGCACGUGCAUCUCCUUACUCCCCUCUUAACGAGUCUCACACCGAGAAAUUCCAUACUUUCCAGGAAUACGAGAACCUUCAGUUCCUUAACCGUAUGCUUCACGCUCCUGAGAAGUACCGUGAAUGGACGAAACUCUUCUCGCUCUCCGUCAUCCUUUCCGUUUUGUACGGAAUGCGUAUCGACGAUCUGGAAAGUCCAGUCACUAAAGCACUUCAGAAGACUGCGGACAACCUUGCGAAUCUCCUUCUCCCAGGACGGUUUCUGGUCGACUCGUUUCCCUUCAUUCGUCAUCUUCCCGAUUUCUUCAACUCGUGGCGUGCCAAAGGUCGUGCGUAUUAUGAAGACGCGAUUGGAUUUUGGAUUCCGUUCUGGGAGGUUUGCAAAGAAAAUAUUGAAACUGGGAAAACUCCGCAUACAUUCGGGGGUGCACUUCUGAAGCACCAGAAGGAGGAUCCAGAGAAGUGGACGGAUCUGAGGAUUGGCUAUGGUCUGAUGGGAUCUUUGGUAUUUGCAGGAGCUGACACGACCGCGAUAUGGACAACAGUGUUCUACGUAAUCGCUGGGCUUCAUACAGAAUGCGUCAAAAAGGCCCAAGCCGAACUCGACGAGGUCGUCGGGCCGAACCGCCUGCCAACUUGGGAAGACGAGCCCUCCCUCCCCUACGUGCAUGCGUUCAUCAAAGAAUGUCAUAGGUGGCAGGGCAUUGCUCCUUUCGCACUUCCCCAUGCAACAACCCAAGACGACGUAUACAACGGCUACCACAUCCCAGCAGGCUCAGUCAUCUCCGCACAAGUCCACAUAAUCAACCGUGAUCCCGCUCAUUACUCCUCCCCAGACACCUUCGACCCCACUCGCUUCCUCAACCACACCCUCUCCGCCUCCGCCUCAGCAACCCAAUCCGACCCCAUGAAACGCGACCACUUCAGCUAUGGCUUCGGAAGACGUAUGUGUCCAGGUAUCCAUGUCGCCGAAGCUAGCUUGUUUUUGCAGGUCAGUAGGUUGUUGUGGGGAUUUGACAUUGCUAGGCCUGUGUGGAAGAAGACUGGGAAGGCGGUCAAGGACUUUGCUGAGUUCGAUAUCUUUGUCAGUUAUUCUGCGGCUGCCGCUGAGAUUGAUACUAAGAUCAGUUCACGUGGACCAGCGUAUGCCCAGGUGAUGGAGGAGGAGGCUGCCAAUGCGAGGACGGAGCUUGGAAAGAUUCACGCAGAAACGCAGCCGGAAUCAACUCAGUAGCGAGGUUCUGUGCUUGCACGCGUUAUUUGUAUGCCCGGUGCAAAGUCUCUCAUUACCACUCUUCUUCGCAAGACUACUGGCACGGGUGUGAAGUGCUCGAUGCAGGAAUAAAUGUGUUAAUGACAGGCACGCUCUUUUUAAGGGUGACUCAGUAUAUUGUAUGAUGCUAGAAUGCUCUUUCGUU